AUGGAGUUUUUCAAAAAGAAGUCGAAAGACCUGAAGGCAAGUGGAAGCAUGUCGGAGGGCGAUGCCUCGUCAGUCACUUCUCGCGUUACCUCCGUCUCCUCGACGACAUCAAAAAAGGGCCUUGUGAAAUGUCAGAAACCGUUCGAGGAACCUCUUAACCCGACCAAGCCACCCGAAUUCAAAUUGUCAGAUCAAGAGCAAGCGUGUUACGAUGAAGUAUUAGAGCACUUUCAAAAGUACGCCAAAACCGCUGACAUACCCGUUAAUGACAGUGCCGGAGCAGCCUCACAUUCAUUGACUGAUGAAGAAAAAGCUUGGCUUACCAAAGAAUGUUUUCUCAGAUAUUUGAGAGCUACUAAGUGGAAGGUGGGGCCGACCAUCAAAAGGAUAGAGGACACGAUUGUUUGGAGACGCACGUUUGGAGUUGUCAAUAUUGAAGGCCAUUCUGAUUCCAACAAAAUUUUGACAUCAGAAAUGGUGGAACCUGAGAACCUUACCGGCAAAAAUCUCAUUUUGGGUUAUGAUAUUGAUAAUAGGCCGUGUUUGUAUCUCCGAAAUAGGUACCAAAAUACAUCAGCAUCCAUAAGACAGGUUCAGCAUUUAGUGUUCAUGCUUGAGAGAGUGAUACAGUUUAUGCCCCCAGGACAGGAUACAUUAGCCUUGCUCAUUGAUUUCAAAGCGGCUCCAGCCCAUUUGAAGCUCUCUGCAAAAUUCCCAUCCCUCAGUAUAUCCAAGCAGGUUCUUCAUAUUUUACAAAACCACUACCCAGAAAGAUUGGGUCGCGGACUUUUCACAAAUAUUCCAUGGAUAGGCUAUACAUUUUUCAAGGUAGUGGGACCUUUUAUAGAUCCUUACACGAGACUGAAAACAAUUUAUGAUCAGCCGUUUGAGAACUUCGUCCCCAAAGAACAAUUGGACAAAGAGUUCAAUGGAAUGUUGGAUUUUGAGUACGUCCAUGAUGUGUACUGGCCCAUAAUGAAUGAAAUCGCUGAAAAAAAAGCAGCAAUUGUGCGUGAGAAUUUCAAAAAACUAGGGGGAGGAAUCGGUUUGAGCGAGUAUGACCUCAAGAGAAGUCUCUAA